UUGUUAUUUGCCAUUAACAGCAAAAUGCUCUUCAACAUAACUUUCGUAGGCUACCUAACCGUAUUUACAAAACAGCUGGCAAGAAACACGCUGGUUAUUUUUGUGACCUGAGAGCUGGAGGAACAGCAAACUGCAGCAAGGGAUCUUUUGAAGUCCAUUGCAGCAAUGCCUCGAGGACGAUCGGCAACCAGUGCACGCUCAGACAACAGUGAGGUUGAUAACGAUAGGGCAGAAAAGAUAGCCAAACUUCAGAGACAGUUCAAGAUCAUGGGAAGAGAUCUGCAGGCCUACAAAAUACGGGCCCGGGAACAGAUCCGCAAACAACAGCAGGUGAUAGACAUGCUGCAGAAGGAGCAGGAGGAGCUGGAUCAAAACCUUGGCGCCUGUAAGAGCUUGUUCCACCAACAGCAGGAAAAGAAGGACAUCCAGACUCUUCAGGUCCUGCUUGAGCAGACAAAAAUGCUAGAUGAGGAGCUGGAGAAAGAGAAACAAUGUCAACAAGAGCUACAAAAGGAGAUAUCGAGCAUGGAGUUGAAACUGGCAGAGCUGAGAAAUGGAGAAGUCAGUAGUAGUAACGCACAAAGAUCUGCGGUGCGGCGAACCCAAAAGGCCAUGCGCACUAUGGAAGACAAACUGGACAGAGCCUUGACUCGCUUUAAUAAGCAGCUGACCAAAAACAGCCGCCUCAGAGAGGAGCUGUAUACUCUUCAUAAUGAGCGUGUUCGUUUCCAGAAACUACACAGCAGGCUUAAAAAGGAACUGCAGGACGUCCGCGUGAAAAUUGGGGAAGUUAUCAACCAGACCUUUGCUACUUACAAUGAAAGGGUGGAGACUCAGUCCAAAGUGAAAAUGAUAAGGGAGAAGGCAGUGAAGGACCUUGACCAGUACAAUGCUGAGAUGAAGGAACUGGAGAGGGUUAUUGCACAUGAGUCCAGCCUGAAAGCGUUCAUGAGCAUCAAGUGCAAGAACGCAGGGAGGCAGGAGGACGAGCAUGAAAUGGGACCCAGACAAUUGUCAGAGCCGAAAGAGCUGGGGAGGAUGGACUCAGGAGAAGAAUCACUGGAUGCUUUACAGGAGGUGUUUGAGAAGAUUAGGACUGCUACAGGGGAGGACAACCUGGACCUGCUGGUUACCAGGUUCAUUCAGGGUGAAGACCGGAACUUUGCACUUUUCAAUUUUGUUAAUGAGCAAACCAAUGAGGCCGAGGUACUGAAGGAACAAAUUAGCAAGUUCAAAAAAGACAUGGAGCAGUUUCGGGUUGAAGGUUUCCAGCUGGAACAAGAGCACCAAUCUUUGAUUCAAGACACUAAUGAGCAACUAAAGGAAGCUGAAUCUCAUGCAGAGGCCUAUGAAAACCGAGCCAGCACCAUAAGCGAAAUCCUGGACGAGCUUGAAACAGGUGUAAACAGGCUCUUCUGUAAAAUAGAGUGCGGCCACUCAGUCAUAGAAGAUGUGCUGGGCUCCUCCACUGGGAUCACUGAGAACAACAUCAUGUCCUACCUUGGCUUACUGGAGCAGAAGACCAAUGAGCUUCUCACUGUGCAGGCUUUCCUCAAUACUAAAGACCUGGAAGAGGACUACAAUCCAAAACCUGUGGCCAAUUUACUGUUGGGUCAGAAUCCACUACUACUUCGGCAGAAUGUCAGCAACCAACUUGCAGUCAGCAGUGUGGUGCGUGAUGUAGAAGAGUCCCCAGUUACUGAUGAGGAUGAACGGCCACUUUCGCAAGGGGAGCUUCGCCAAAGAAUAAUAAAGUUCUGGAGAAAGAGAGUUCUGCACAACAGACAGCACAACAGACAGACAGUCUGCAGUUCAGUGGCAGACAGCAUUCAUCAGAACAGGCAGAAAUCUGAAACGCUGACCCGAUCAGUCCAAUAAAGAAGCGCAUUUUAAAAACAGGAUCCUUGUCAUUUAUUGUAAUACAGGUCAGUGAAGGAUGUUAUAUCUGAUGGAAGCAGCUUGAUUGCUGACAUAGGCUUUUCUAGUUUGCACGUGUAACAUUUCAGAGCCUAAUUAUGUUGUGUGUUUGUCACCUUUUAUGAUGAAUCAUUGGCAUGGCCCGCUGUAUUAUAUGUUGCUGUGAUUUGUUUAGUUGGAACUAAUUAGGUUAGGAGCCAUAAAGUCUCUAGUAGCCAGCUGUCCUUUUGAUGUGUUACUAGCCAUCUGGCUUUGACUAUACAAUCCGGUUCCAGCACAGCCCUCCCUCACUGGCAGCGCUUUAUUACAUGAUACUUGCUGCCAUGCUCAAACAAAAAGGUGGGGGGCAGCAGAACCUUUUGUAAUUCUAAUUUGCAUGCUGAGACCUUGAUUUUGUUUCCAAUAAGGUGAUUUUUAGGAGCUUUUAGGGCUUUACUGUA